UUGGUUGCAGUGUAGUUUCUCUCCGUUACCAAGCAGCGAAGAGAAAUGAUGUCGAAAGCAUGGACCAUACUGACACUGAAACAUCUCCUGAUUUAUAACACUGUCUAAGACACAAAGAUCUCCCGGGAAACUUCCUGCAUUAUGUCUACUUCCAGCGAUAUCCGUGAGAAGCUGCGCAAGAAGCGUCGAGCGCUUCAGGAGACUUUGGUGAAAGUGAGGGAUGACACACAGGCUCUGGUUCCUCCCGACUCCGGCGCUACUAAGGAGAUCGAUCGCACCUCGGUGGAGGAAAUGACGGGCAGAGAGGAGGACCCCAGUGAAACCCUGCGACGCUCACUGAAAGCGCAGAGGAUGAAGAAGAAGAAGAAGCUGUUGAAAGAGAUGGCGGUGGAGGUUCCUCCAGAGGACGAGGUGGUGGAGGAAGAGGUCACGGUUGUGCAGCAGCUGCAGGAGGAGCAUGUGGAAGACAUGUGGGCAGGAGGAGAUCGCUUGGCUGGAGUACACAGAGACCUUCCUCCUCUCCCUGUGUCGAGGGCCGACUCCAGUCUGUCCGAGAGCUCUGUGAGGCAGCGUAUGAGGGAGAAGCUGAGAGAGGCCAGGUCCAAAGCCGCGAGUCUGUUGGAGCAGGAGGUUUCGCUGGAGCCGGCCAGUCGCCUGAAGAGCCUCAGAGACAGAGUGACACUGAGCCGAUUCGACCAGGACUCAGACGACGUCCUCGCUCAGGGCGACGCUUCCAUCGCCGCCAGGGUGAAAUUCCGUGACGCAGCCAGACGCGUCACCAGAGAGAAAAGGCCCGAAAGCGGUUUGAUCAGCACCGAGGAAGCGUACAACUUUUUCACCUUCAACUUUGACCCUGAACCCGAACCUGAAUCUGAAGAACAUCAACCAGGGGAGGAAAGAAAGAAAGAAAGACGAGAAGAGGAGGAGGAGGAGGAGGAAGAAGAGGAGACUGAGAUGGAAGGAGAGCAGGGAGGAGAAGAGGAGCAAACGGAAAGGGAUGAAGAUGUCCCACUGGUCCGAGAUGAGGAAGAGGAUCUGUUCGUUAUUCAGUCAGCGCAGGACUUCCUGGAAGUGAAGAAGGCCGAGUAUGUGGAUUACAGCAGCCGUGCACAAAGAGAGAACGAGCUUCUGUUCAUCCCAAGUGUGAGACCCGUGUCUGCUUCUUGUAAGCUCCCGGAGAACAUGCGUCCACGUUAUCUGGAAGAGGAGGGUCUUUAUGUAGGAGAAAGGCCGUACGUCUCCCUGACCAAUCAGAACAUUCUGGAAAACCGCAUCAUCAAGCAAGAUCAGGGUAUGAAGUGGUUCGGAGAUGACGGGAGGAUCGUGGCUCUGCCUGAUCCGAUCAAAGAGUCCUCGUCAAGACCACCCCUUUUUCAUCUGGAGGAGGAGCUAGACCCAGCGCUACAGCCUGUCUACAGAAAGGCGCUGAAAUCCAAGCAUGUCAACCGCUACAUGGUAGGAGUCGGGGACCCAGACGGAGACUACCAACUGGACGUCGAUGUGUCCGGGCUCAUAUUCUCCCAUCAUCCCCUGUUCAGCAGGGAGCACGUACUGGGUGUUCGGCUUGCCCAGCUGUACGACCAGUACCUCAGCAGACGCCACAAGAACUUCACCUGUCUCCUGACGGAUAAGCUGAAUGGGCUGAGAAACGCGAUCGCCAACUUGUUGGCGCGCCAUAACGGAGAGGGCCUUAGUCUGGUGAGUCAGCAAAGAAUCAUGGAGUACAGACAGGAAAUAAGACACACACGUCAGCUCCGUGACUUGGAACAAGAGAGGGACCGAACUCUGCUGAAGAACAUCGUCAAAGUCUGGAAAGAGCUCAAAGCACUGCGGGAAUUCCAGGGCUUCACCAACACGCCCUACAAACUCUACAUCAGGAAAGAAGAGGUGGAGCGAGAACAGGACGAACGAGAGCACGAGGCAGAGAUCUUAGCCGAGGUGGCCGAGCUACAGACCGAGAUUGCAGAGGAGUACGAGAGGAAGAUGGAGGAGUACCGGAGAAAUCUGGAGGAAUGGAGGUCCUGGAGGAGGAAGCAGAAAGCCGUGAAGAAGAAGCAAAAGAAGAAAAGACAGCAUUCUGAAGACGAGGAAGAGAAAGAGGAGGAUGAGCACAGCGAGGAAGAGCCGGGAGAGGUGCGAGUGAAACCAGAACCUCCAGAGAAACCUGACACAGCGAGUGCGGAGCAGCAGGUUCGAGAGAAAGCCGCGAAGAUCCGCAGGAAACCUGGAGAAUCCGUUUUGGUUCCAGAACUUACUGUUUCUGGUCCAGUCACUAAUAAUGAGCAGUGUGCACGAGGGGAAUUAGCACGGAGAGAGGACGUAGCAAAGCGCUCGCUCUUCAUCAAAGUGCUGUACAACGGCAAAGAGGUUUCCAGAACCGACAGCCGCUCUCUCAGUACAGACUUCCGGGUUCACUUCGGCCAGAUGUUUAACCUGAAGAUCAUCAACUGGCCCGAGAGCAUCAGACUGCAGGUAUAUGAGAGCACCGGAUCAUCCACCACACUGAUAGCGGAAGUGUGUGCACCGAUUCCCGAAACUUCCAUCUUAACAGGAAGUGCUUCAUCAGAAGAGAUGGAGUUCAGCAGCAACCAGAGGGUCGCGUUUAACCAUGAGGGCGUCGGCAGUGACGUGCCAUUCUCGUUCAUGGCUGACGGAAGCAACAGGCAGACCCUGCUGACCUCAGGGAAGCUGUCAUGCUGUGUGUCAUGGGCUGUAGGAGAGGAUGACCUGCCCCUGGCCCCGCCCUCUGGCCAGCCCGGUGCAGGUAUACACAGUGGUCUGAGGCAGAUGGAUGCUAUAGCGUGCAUCGGGGCGUCGGGACUAAACGACAUGAAGAAGCUGGGGAAAUGGGCAGCCGAAUCUCGCCUCGACCCCAACGACCCCAACAACACCUCCAUAAUGCAGCUGCUCUCAGUGGCGAGCGGAGGGGAAUUAGCCGUCCGGGAUUAUUUCCGACUGGAGCAGCUGCAGGAGGAGUUUAACUUCCUGCUGGACGAGGAGCUGGAUCUGUCACGCCGUUUUCGCCUGCUCAGGUUGAGGAGCCAGGAGGUGGCCGAGUUUCGCCAUUUUAAAUCCGUGCCUUCCACCGAUCGGGAGAUCUCAGAGAAAGUUUUUGAGAAUUAUGAGCGCAGGCUGAAGGAAGGAGACCUGAUCGACACCAAGGAGCACAUGGACGCUCACAGAGCUCUGGUGGCCAAGUAUUUAAAGAAAGUGCGAGAAUCCGUCAUUAAUCGCUUUCUUAUAGCGAAGCAUCAUUACAUUCUGUCGGAUGUGAUAGUAGAAGAGGAGGUACCGAGCAUCGGGAUUUUAGGCCUGAACCUGUUCAAGCUGGCCGAGCCCAAGCGUCCUCUGAAGCCUCGGAGAAAAGAGAGGAAGAAAGUGACGGCUCAGAACCUUUCGGACGGAGACAUCAAGCUGCUGCUGAACAUCAUCAGAGGCUACGACAUCCCCGUCCGCAAACCUCACACCAGCAAACCUGCAGCGGCGUCUAAGAGCGCUCGCUCCUACGCCGAGCCGUUUACAUCAGCUCAUUCCUCUCAGACUGCACUGCAGGGUGGCGAGUGGCCCCUCGGGCAGCCCCAGGUCCGGCCCUACGUCGAGGUCUCUUUCCAGCGUACAGUCCUGCAGACCUCCACAGCCGAGGGUCCGAAUCCCUGCUGGAACGAAGAACUGGUUCUGCCUUUCAGCGCUCCGAACGGAGAUUACAGCACGUCCAGCCUGCAGGCCGUCCGGGACGAGGUCUUCAUCAGCCUCUUCGACGAGGUCCUGCAUGAGGUGUUCGAGGAUGACAGCGAAAGAGGAAACAGAAUUCAUACUCGCAUUGAGCAACACUGGUUGGGUUCGAUUAAGCUUCCAUUCAGCACAAUCUACAUGCAGUCACGAAUCGACGGGACAUUUAAGGUAGCCACGCCCCCAGUGUUGCUAGGCUACAGUAAAGAGCGGAGCCUCGGCGUCGAGGGCGGCUACGACACGGUUCGGAGCGUAAGCGAAGGCACCUUCCUCACCCUCUUCAUCACCAUCGAACCGCAGCUGGUGCCUGGAGACCCCAUCAGAGAAAAGUUUGACACGCAGGAGGUGGAGCGGUUGCUGUUGGCGUGCGAGAGCUUCGAGAAGGACGCAGGGAAGAGUUUCCCAGACAGACCUUGUCUCACUACCGUGGUGGACAUGAACGGAAAAACCGUCUUCAUCACGCGCUUCAUCCGGCCCCUCGGCCCUCCACAGGAGCUGAUGGACACUUUCCCCAGCAACCCCCAGGAGACCACAGAGCUGGUCGCUCGAUACGUGUCUCUCAUUCCCUUUCUUCCAGACAGCGUGUCUUUCUCCGGUGUCUGUGAUUUAUGGAGCACCUGCGAUCAAUUCCUGAUGCUGUUAGCGGGAGACGAGGAAGAGCAUGCCGUUCUGCUCUGCAACUACUUCCUCUCCAUGGGCAAAAAGGCAUGGCUCAUCAUAGGAACCGCAGUUCCUGAGGGACCUACAGCUUACGUUCUCACCCAAGAACACAACCGCUUCGUGAUCUGGAACCCCAGUACGGGUCAGUACUACGGACAAUACGACACCUUCUGCCCUCUACAGACUGUCGGCUGCCUCAUUAACGCAGAUAAUGUGUGGUUUAAUAUUCAGACCUACGCCACUCCAAUGAGGAUGGGGUUUGAUGUCACUAAACCGAAGUGCUGGAAGCCGUUCUUCUCCAGAGCGUUCCCCAACCCAGGUCUCUCCAGCGUACAGCCUGAGGAGCUGAUGUACAAGCGGACAGAUAAGGCAGCUUCAGCAGAGUUACAGGACAGGAUAGAAAAGGUGCUGAGGGAGAAAAUCAUGGAAUGGCGCCCACGACACCCGACUCGCUGGAACCGGUACUGCACGUCCACCUUACGUCACUUCCUGCCCAAGCUGGAACGGAGCGGAGGCCGUGAGGUCACCGAGGAGCACCGGAUCGAGCUGCAAAGCCUGCUGGGAGACUACAGGAUCUCCGGCUUUCCCCUGCACCUUCCGUUCUCCGAGAUUCGGCCCAUCGUCGAGGCCGUUCACAGCACAGGCGUCCAUAGCGUGGAAGCUCCUAACGUGGAGUUCGCGCUGGCUGUGUACGUCCACCCUUACCCCAGUAAUGUGCUCUCCGUGUGGGUUUAUAUCGCCUCGCUAGUCCGCACACGCUGACUCUCACAACACUACCCUGAGUAAUGGAUGUAGUGUAGUCAGAACUUUAUGAUGGAUGACGUUUUUAAAAUGUCUGUGAACUCAUCAAAUGCUGUAGUCUGUGCAGAGGUUAAUUCCGUAUGUAGAGAAUUAUAUCAGAUACAGUUUUUAUUCAGUGUAUUACAGAAAUAUAUUUUGUGACCAUGUUUAUACUGAAUGUUUAUUCUAAACAAGGCUGGAGAUGUUUUGAUGCCCGCUCUGGUCUGAUUUGUGAACUUGUGAAAACAAAAUGUUGACAGACGAACAGACAAAA